CUCAGCCGUCGAGGGAGGAGAAUGGACCCCCCAACCUGCGACGCCGAACCUCUGUGACCGUGCCUCGACAAGCCGUAGCAUCCCCGCUAGGGUCCGACGCCGACGCCCACCGCGCCGCCCGCUCGAAGACUGCCUCUCAAUCCGCACCGCCGCAUCAGCGCAGGUCCGCUCUGCAUUCGGGCACGGCAGACCGCGUUCCCGCGCCGCCAUGUCGUGGCUCAUGAAGGGACUGCAGUCGGCCAUCUUCCACUACGCAUCAUGCACGCCGUGUACAGGCUACAUGUAUAAGAAGCAGCGGCGGAAGCAGGCGAAGAGGGCCAGGAAGGCCAGGAUAAAGCUGGAAUUGGAACGUCCCGAUCUGUACCACCAUCCGGAACCAACCGGCACCAAUCCGUACUGGCAGGAAGAGAUAUCUAUAGGUCCGGGACCGCCUCCGCGGAGAGCAAAGAGGGCGAACACGGGUAGCACGAGGGCAAUCACCACGGCGGGAACGCACAGCACCGUUGUGAGCCAGGGCGGAAGCAGCAUCGACGUCAAUCAGUCCGACGACUUGCGCCUGAGCGACGAGACCUUGGAUGACGACAAUUGGAACCGCAAGCGAUACCAGCGGGAAGACGAGGACCUGUGGGGCGUCGAUGAGCUGGUGGUUCCCCUUGCGCCCACCAUGUCCGGCUCUUCUGUGGGUGUCGCCGGCAUCACUAGACCUGAUACAUCAUCAGGGAGCUACUACUCCGCGCGAGCGCCGCCGGUGAACGACCUGCAUCCUCCCGUCGUCAGCCUGCCCUCUCCACAUCCCUCCGAUAACCGCUGGAUGCUCCAACCUCCGCCCAAAGCUAGCGUCAUGAGCGGGAAGGAGCGAGCCAAGAACAGGAGUCGCAGUGGGAGCGGCGCAAGUAGUCGCGUGGAAUUGAGUCUGCAGCGCCAAGUCAGCGCUCGGCAAUUGCGCCAGAAACUCGAUCGCGGAGAGACGCCGGAGAUGCCGCCAUUGUCGAGAGGGAGCUCCUACAGCAACCUGGUCGCCGGUCAACGCCACGACCGACCGAAGACGCCAGGGGUACGCCCCUCUUCGGCAGCUAGCUCCCUGAAGAAGAAGCGCCGCGACACUGCAAUGACGAAGACCGAUACGAAGGACCAGUCCUCCGGGGAUUCAAGCGAUACCAUCGUAAGACGUACGCCCACGCCAAAAUCGAGCAAUGUCCCCGGCAUCAAAGUCGUCCGCGUCCGUACCAGCCGCCAACCGCUUUCCACCGUCAUGUCUAGCGGUUCGGGAAACCCACCUUCACCUACCGAGAACAUCUCCCUUAACCGGUCUUCCGAAAAUGAAAACAAUACCGCCCAGCGCAUCAAGUACUCGUCUACGCAGUCUUCCGACUCGAUACCGUACUAUGCAAAACAUCGACCUCCGCUCGCCUCUUCAGACGUGUCUUCGCUCAACGUUCUGCAGGAUCUGGUAUCGCCCCGUGCUCUCCUGAACUCGCGCUUCGUCUCAGCACCACUUAUGGAGGCCCGGAUCAAGCUCCCCCCGUCCAACAACGAAGAAGAGGAGAUCCUCGCUACGAAUGGAGACUGGCCCGGCAGCGGUUUCGCCAUCAGCCGGACCUGGGGCACCGAUCAAGUUGAUGGCGAGUUGCUUGCGCCGUUCGAUAGCCACAGGGUCACAGAGCGGGACCCCAGGAUGCGAUGGAGCGUGGACUUUUGAAAGCCAUGUCCAUACCCUGCCCACUCUCCACGCACGCACGAUCCUCCUUUUGGGAAUACGCAUCUCGCAUUCAUCUUCACUUGCAUCGUUUAUUCCCACUUUCCAAUUGCAUAACGAUGCUAGGCUUGCACUUUACUACGCGCAUCGCAUCACUGUCUGCGGCAUCUCUAGCAUUGCUUGGCAUGGGGUACUUUUGGCACUUUUUUUUCUUUUCCGAUUCUUGCAAGUUGUUGUUGCGCGCCGCUUCUUUGUUUAUAGGUUUCUUUUUUCCUUUUUUUCUUGUUUACUUGUUUGUUUACUUUUCGCAUUCGGUUAUCACGUUCAAGCAGAAGGUGCCGGC